UGGUUAAGAUUGUUGGCAGCAGUGAUGGUUGUAGAGUCUAAGAGCUGCAGAGAGGAAGGAUAUGUGAUAAGGCAACUUUGUGCUUUUAGGAUGCAACAGUCUGAUAAUUUAAAAUGUGCAUUCUUCAAAAAAAUAAAAGCCCCACAAAAAAACAAAACAUAACCAGAUAGUAUUCUAUUUGCAUUAAUUUGGCACAAAAAAAUUAUUGUGCAUAAUAUGCACCUACCGAACAGAUCUCACUUCUGUUUGGUUAAAAAAAUAUAUUUUUAAAUGGUAAUUAGUCGAAUCAUCUGUUGUUUUAUUUACACCACUGGAAGUAUAUUUUACAGAUCUAAGACAUUUCCCUGAAGAACAGAAGAUGGAAACACGGUUCUCAGAUGUAAGAACUGCAGCAUGCAGAAAAAGGCAUAGUGAGGUCUCUGUGUCUCUGCAGCUCUUCAUUUUGAUGUAAAUGUGGGGCAACCUUGCAGGUUCGAACUGGGGGAGGGGGCCGAAUGAAAUGCAACUGGAGGGAUCUUUUGUGUGGCCUCCUGUAAAUCCCAAAUGUUCUCAAGAACUGAAAACAAAAACAGCGUGAGUGCUUGGGCCGGCCAACUUCGGUCGCCUCAAGUGACGUACCAACUGCCCCAACAAAGAAAACCCCACUGAAGGCAUCCAGUCGGCUGUUUUCCAGAAUAUUCGUCCCUCCCCAUCCUGGCCAGGCAUUUACAGUGUCAAAACCAUGAAGGGAGUCGCCCACCGGGAGUCCUGCAGCUGUAUAAGGCCACCGUACAUGGUGGCAUGUGGCUGGGAUUAGGAAAUUUCACUGUGGAUUAAAAUCUUUCCAAUGCCUCCAUGGCCACCAGCUAAAAGGAAAGGAGUCCAAAGCUCUAGCGCAGAUCCAAGGAGAACGCUGGGCCCAAAGCCUCACUGAGCAGGAUGUUCCAGCUGCUUCCGGGUCACAUCCAGCCGCCUGGACACCGAACCCGGAAAAGCCGUCUGGUCACCAAAGACGGGCACUGCAACAUCGAGUUUGGCAACAUUGAGUACAGCAACCACUUCGCCUUCGUGGUGGACUUCUGGACCACCUUUGUGGAAUUCCGCUGGCGUUUCGUCCUCAUCCUGUUUGUGGCUGCCUUCACUGGCAGCUGGUUCAUGUUCAGCCUGUUGUGGUACUGGAUCGCAAAGAGCAACGGGGACCUGACGGCGCAGAACCAAACAGAGGAGCACGUCCGUUGUAUAGACAAUGUUAACGGCCUCACAACGGCAUUCCUGUACUCACUAGAGACACAAACCACCAUUGGUUAUGGUGGCAGGGCACUGACUGGGCACUGUGUUGGCACGGUGGCUCUGAUUAUCAUCCAGUCUCUAGUUGGCGUCUUCAUCAACUGCUUUAUGUGUGGCAUCAUCCUGGCCAAGAUCUCCUUACCCAAGAAAAGGGCAAAGACUGUCACCUUCAGCAACACAGCAGUCAUUUGUUUGAAGAAAGGAAGUCUGUGCCUCCUCAUCAGAGUGGCCAACCUUAGAAAGACCUUACUGAUUGGAAGCCAGAUUUAUGGGAAGCUGCUGAGGACGACCAUCACUCCAGAUGGAGAGACCAUCAUCCUGGACCAGGUGGACGUUGACUUCAUGGUUGAUGCUGGCAAGGAUAACUUAUUCUUUGUUUGUCCGCUGACACUCUACCACGUCAUUAACAGAUCGAGUCCAUUCUACGAGCUGUCCGCUGACACUCUCCCCCUACAGGACUUUGAGUUGGUGGUGUUUUUAGACGGGACGGCAGAGUCCACCAGCUCAUCAUGCCAGGUACGAACCUCAUAUGUCCCACAGGAGAUCCAGUGGGGCUACAGCUUCCUCCCCAUCAUCUCCCGCACUAAAACAGGAAAGUAUCGAGUGGAUUUCUCAAACUUUUCCAAAAGUGUCCGAGUUACCACGCCGCACUGCGUCCACUGCUUUGAGACGGACGUAGACCAGAGGACCCCCAACAAGGAGAACCACAUCAACCAGCUGAAGCUGGGCAUCGACAACCUGGGCUUCCAGGUGAUCGACAUUCCUGACCCGGUAGAUGUCACAAAAAUGUGAAACAUACCUAUUCUAGAGGAAAGGUCAAAGCUAUAAGGGCCACUGAAGAUAAAAAUAAAAGGAAGAGAAAAUUUCCACCAUAAAACUCAAGAAAUUCUGGAAUUAAUCUCAAAAAUGUUCUAAAAGAAAAAUAUAUGUGUUUGAAAAGUCAAAAAAUUUCAACUUUGAAAUUUGUGGAGCUUCAAAAGUCUAACAUUUUUGUCUUUUCAAAUUGAAACUUUUUUCUAGAAAAUAUCUGACAUUAAUCUCUAAAUUUCCAUGUCUUCUAGAAAAUAUUUGACUUUUCAAACUCAGAAAUUUCCUUGUUUUUUCUAGAGUAUUUCUGAGCUUUUUGGCGGAAAUCUACUCUUCCUUUUUCGUUGUAUGCCAUCAAAUAAAGUCAAAGACUCAGCAUGUAGGUCGAUUUUUAUGAAACUCAUCGUCACUUUUACUCUGUUUCAAGUAUUUCAAGCACUACAGACUACAGAAAGGUUUGGCUGUGAAAGAGAACGGUGAAAACUGACAACUGACUGGAAUUAGACUGCUCAUCACAAUGGGACCCCAUCUGGAGUUUUUAUGGGGAUAAAUAGAGGAAGACACAUUAAGGUUUUGAUAUGGUUAACAUAAAAGAAAUAAAACAGUGAAUGGCACAGUGGGCAUUUCUUGAGAAGAUUACAGUCUGAUCCUGUUCUAAUGAGAAAUCGUGGGCUCUAAAGGCUGUUAUAGGGAAUAUAGCAGAGAACAAACUCACUUCAAACACUAACCCUGUGGUGUUUCAGUCAUGUUGGCAGGUCCUGUAUCUCAACGUGGCGAGGAAACGGCAAAGGUAGCUAUAAAUGUCAUAAUUUAGUUAUAGCCAGUCUAGAUGUACAAGGUUGUAAUGUCUCAGGGAACGUAAGAUCCUCAGCUGGAAUAAAACGAUUUUUUCAGUCCAAUUUGUCUUACUGCUCAUUAUUGCCAUAGCAAUCACCCAUAACUACAAAAUUAGAAACCCAGUUUGAAUGAACAUUUCUCAGUGUAAUUGCAGUGCAGGUAUAGGUUGGCAGAAGUCAAGAUAAUGUCUUGUAAAUAAAAGUUAACCAGUGGAAAUUCGUUCAGGCAGCCAGACCAUGCCGUGAAUAGAAAUCACAGUGGUGUGUUGACAUUUUGCAGUUUGAAACGAACCUUGAGAAGACAUACAGUCUGGCAUCCUGUGACAUUGUGAGGAAGCAACUGUGUAUAAAAUAUCUCUAUACUCCAACACAGACAGAAACAAGUCGCUUUUCUAGUACCCUAUGACAACACAAGUUAUUUUGAAAAUAAUAACUUUAAUUUGAGCUUUUUUGCGAGAUUUUCCACAUGGAGUUUGAAAGUGAGGGAGUCAUUGAUCAAAAUGCCAAGAUACUUAUACGUGUAAACCAGCUCCAUUUCAUUUCUUUUUGUGGUUUUAUGGAUCUGGAAAAAUACAUACAUUUAUUUUUAUUUGUAUUAAGAACAACUUUCAAAUUCAUUAAAGAGUGUUGGAUUUCUGUAGUAGACUAUCACAGUAGUCUGUGACAAAUCCACUCAUUAAAAAUUCUUUCAACAAGCUCAAGCUUCAGGCUGGACAUUUGACCGUUUAUCUUGACAUUAUGGUAAUUGAGGUAAUUGUUUUAGUUUCCGACCACUGACCAGUCUUUUAGCCAUCAUUAAGAAACUCCCAACAUGGUUACGGGUGGAGCUUUGAGAUGCCACCAGCUUAAUGGUGGCCUGUUGUGUCAUUUAAAACCCAGCUUUGACGUUUGUUUGGGAUUAUUGUAAAAGUUCAGAAAUUAUAUAGCAUGUCUCUAGUGAUACUUACCACUAAAAUUUGCACACAAUAAAAUACUGAAAGUCACACUGGAAGACAAUUUAGGAUUAUAACUCUGUGAAGAAUUUUAAUUAAUAUGAGCUAAAACAACAUUUCAUUUUCUUUUCGGCUCAACAAAGUAUUUUUCAAUUCAAACUGAAUUUGGGAUUAGGUGCCUUUCUCAGUAACAUAGCAAGAGAAAGAUGGAAUCAACUCGACAACUUUCAGAUUACAAAUUGCCCCUCCUGUCCAGUUGGAACAUCGUCUGUUUAUGAGAUGAAGUUCAAGAAUGUGAAGGUUUUCCUCCUUUUUGUAAUUCCACCCACUUUGUACUAUUCCAGCAAAACAGCAAUGUACAGUAUUGCUAGUUGCUAUCACCGCUAUGCUUGACAGAUGGUUCUUAGUUUAAAAG